GCUGGGCCGACCUGACAGAGCGGCGGCGGACCUCGGCCAUGGCCAGCGGGACGGCGCAGCCGGGGUCCGAGCUGCUGGACUUCGCGCGGUUCCGGGACUCCAGCUCGCCGCGUCUCACCUAUGGCUACGGGCCGCGCAGCCUGCGGGAGUUGCGGGAGCGCGAAUUCGGUCGCCUGGCAGGAACAGUUUACCUUGACCAUGCAGGAGCCACGCUGUUCCCCCAGAGCCAGCUCACAAGCUUCACAAAUGAUCUCCUGAAAAAUGUGUAUGGUAAUCCUCACAGCCAGAACAUCAACAGCAGGCUCACCCAUGACACCGUGGAACAGGUGCGCUACAGGGUCCUGGCGCACUUCCAUACCUCCCCAGAUGACUACUGUGUGAUUUUCACGUCCGGGUGCACGGCUGCUCUGAAGCUGGUGGCAGAGGCCUUCCCAUGGGUGCCCGGGGGUCCCAAGAGCAGCGGAAGUUGGUUCUGCUACCUCACCGACAGCCACACCUCCGUAGUGGGCAUGAGGGAGGUCACCAAGGCCAUGAACAUCACUUCCAUUCCGGUCAGGCCAGAGGACAUGCAGUCAGCGGAGACCCGGGGUGCUGCCUCCUGUGACCCUGACAGUCAGCCUCUGCAUCUCUUCUGUUACCCAGCUCAGAGUAACUUUUCUGGAACCAGAUACCCGCUUAGCUGGAUAGAAGGGAUCAAGUCCGGGCGGAUGUGCCCAGUGAACGCGCCUGGGAAGUGGUUUGUGCUACUUGACGCGGCCUCCUACGUUAGCACCUCACCUUUGGACCUGUCGGUGUACCAGGCCGACUUCGUGUCCGUCUCCUUUUAUAAGAUCUUUGGAUUCCCCACCGGCUUAGGUGCUUUGCUGGUGAAUAAUCGCAUGGCUCCUUUGCUGAGGAAAACCUACUUUGGAGGAGGCACGGCUGCUGCGUACCUUGCAGGAGAAGACUUCUAUGUCCCGAGACAGUCGGUGUCUGAGAGGUUUGAAGACGGCACCAUCUCGUUCCUUGAUGUGAUAGCACUGAAACAUGGAUUUGACACCCUUGAGUGCCUCACAGGUGGGAUGGAGAAUAUAAAGCAGCACACCUUCACCUUGGCGCAGUACACCUACUCUGCCCUGUCCUCCCUCCGGUACCCCAACGGAGCCCCCGUGGUGCGGAUUUACAGCGAUUCUGAGUUCAGCAGCCCUGAGGUUCAAGGUCCAAUCAUCAAUUUCAACGUGCUGGAUGACCGGGGGAAUGUCAUUGGUUACUCCCAGGUGGAUAAAAUGGCCAGUCUUUACAACAUCCAAGUGCGGACUGGCUGCUUCUGUAACACUGGGGCCUGCCAGAGGCACCUGGGGAUAAGCAACGAGAGGGUCAAGAAGCAUCUUCAGGCUGGUCAUGUCUGUGGAGACAACAUUGACCUCAUAGAUGGGCAGCCAACAGGGUCUGUGAGGAUUUCAUUUGGAUACAUGUCUACGCUUGAGGAUGCCCAGACGUUCCUCAGGUUCAUCAUAGCAACCCGAUUGCACUGGCCAGAUGGCCAGCUCCUCCCUCAGACCCUCGCUGGGGAGGCCCCAGCCCCAUUAGCAGAGUGCAAGUCUCUGAGCACACUUGCUGUCGUGGACGGACACAGUCUCUCACCUCAGGAAGACACUCUUGCAGACUCCGGAGUUUGGGACAACUUGUCCACUACCAUGAAUGCUGUGGGUCUGUGUCCACCUGUGUGUGAGGUCAACAGAAGCCAGCAGACCCCUUCAGAGAAAGCUGAGGGAGUCCUGAAUGGGGACCGCGGGCCACACAUUGUCACCAACAUCUGCCUUUACCCGGUCAAAUCCUGUGCUGCGUUUGAGGUGACCAGGUGGCCUGUAGGAAACCAAGGGCUGCUGUACGACCGGAGCUGGAUGGUUGUGAAUCACAAUGGUAUUUGCCUGAGUCAGAAGCAGGAGCCCCGGCUCUGCCUGAUCCAGCCCUUCAUCGACCUGCAGCAAAGGAUCAUGGUCCUCAAAGCCAAAGGUAUGGAGCCUAUAGAGGUGCCUCUCGAGGGAAACGGUGAACGGGCUCAGAUUUGCCAAAGCAAGGUCUGUGCCGACAGGGUAAAUACUUAUGACUGUGGAGAAAAAAUUUCUAGAUGGUUGUCAAAGUUUUUUGGCCGUGAAUGUCAUCUGAUCAAGCAAAGUUCAAACUUCCAAAGAAAAGCAAAGAAGAAACAUGGAAAAGAUCAGUCUCCUGGUAGUACACCUACCCUUUCUCUGGUGAAUGAAGCCCAGUAUCUGCUGCUCAACAGAUCAAGCGUUUUGGAACUUCAGCAGCAAUUAAACUUUAGUGAUGAAAAUGGAAAGGAGAAAUUAUUCCCAAUGAGUGACCUCAUCUCACGUUUCCGUGCCAAUAUUAUUACCAAUGGGACAAGGGCUUUUGAAGAAGAGAAAUGGGAUGAGAUUUCAAUUGGUUCCUUGCGUUUCCAGGUUUCAGGACCUUGUCAUAGAUGCCAGAUGAUUUGCAUCGACCAGCAAACUGGGCAACGAAACCAAGAGGUUUUCCAGAAACUUUCUGAGAGUCGAAAGAGAAAGGUAAACUUUGGAGUGUACUUGAUGCACACAUCUUUGGAUUUAUCUUCUCCACGUUUCCUGUCUGUAGGAUCUCAGGUGCUCCCUGUGUUGAAAGAGAACGGAGAAUGCCACCAUUAACCUGCUUCUGACAAACAUCAAGAGAUUAUCUCCUAAAAAAUGUUUUGUGCAUGUAUUGAAAUUUCUCUUUUACAGUUAUCUCUACUAUUAUUUAGAGCCCUGGUGGCACAGUGGUUAAGAGCUUGGCUGCUAACCAAAAGGUCAGCAGUUUGAAUCCUCCAGCCGUUCCUUAGAAACCCUAUGGAGCAGUUCUACUCUGUUCUGUAGGGUCACUAUGAGUCAGAAUCGACUCGAUGGCAAUGGGUUUGGUUUUCAUUUUCUACUGUUAUUAAGAUCUGCAGUUUGGUUCAGUAAAACUUGCUCUUUUGAAUUAGGACAGUCCUUUUCCUUUUGGAGGUAGAGAAUGGCUCUCACCUGCUUCCUUCAUCCUCUAACUCCUCACUCUCCAUGUUUGCACAGGCUGAGCCCAAGAGCAGGUCAGAGGGAUCUGUGCUUUCCACAAGCAGAGUCACAUGGAUGCUGAGCUCACACUGAGGGUGCACAGCCCACACCAGCGAGGCCCCAUAUGCAUUUGAAGUAUGACUGGUUUAGUCAAAUGAAAUUUUUUAUGAAGUGCACUGAGAAUAUGUAACUUAUCUAGGUUCUUAUUUUGUAGUUUUCCCACACUGUUUUUUUGUCUUUAAAAAAACUUUUUAGGCUCUAUUCAAACUCUUUCUACUGAGGCAGGUGUUCUUGAGGGUGUGAGAAUGUGCCUCUCUCCUCCUGUGUAUAUGGUGAAGUCAGGGCCCACACAGGGGCCCAGAGGGUGAUCCAUGGCCAGACCACGUUCCUUGAGGGAAGGUUUGACUCGGGGUGUUUAUGUUUCGAGCAGAAGCACAGACCAGCAACCCCAUCCCUCUUGGUUUCUAUCCCUGGCCACCAUCCUUUUCCCACUUUGAAUUGACAUAGUGAGGAUUGUUCACAAGCCUGAGUUACACUUGGUGAUUGCGGUGCUUGUGUGAGUAGCUGUCCUCCCCUCAAUAGCCUCAUGGGAUGGUGUUGGUCCAUACACCUGAGAGCCUCCAAGUCCCAAUUGAGAGAACUUCAGAGAUGCAGGAAUCCCAUCUGUACCACCUUUGACCUGCGCUCCUGUAGCCUCCAGUUGAGGAUGUCCAGUGAUGGAAAGCUCGCUUUCUAAUGAAGUUAUCCAUUCCAUUGAGUUGUGUUGUUAGAAAGCUCCUUGAAUGGAGCUUGUGUCUGCCUUCCUGUGACUUCUAGUCAUGGAUUCUUGCCCUGUGCUCUGGAGCAACACAGAACAUGUGUAUUCCUGCAUCUGCUUUGCCUGUGUCCUUCUCAAGCAUGGUGCACACAUGAACCCCAUGUCCUUGGCCAGGCCGUCAGUACUUUCCACCUCACUUAUUUGUUUCGUUUGCCUUAUCAAAGUUCCUGCCCACCACUGCCCCACAUCAUCUUCCUAAAGCCAGCAUCACCAUGUCUCUCUGCUGCUGAGCUGUUAGCACAUUAGGCUGAGGUUUCCUGGUGAGCUGUUCAAAGCCCUCAGGAUUAGGAGCCAGUCUUUUCCAUUAUCUCAUUCGUGGAUUUAGUGUUAUGGCCGGCACUAUGUGGGAUUUGAAAGAUGAGGCAUGGCUUCUGUUCUCAGGGCUGUUAAGCUGGAACCUUGUGCUCGCACUCUCAGUCAGUGUGCAGAAUUCAGUGUUAGAAGUGCACCUCUGACUCCGUGGUUCCAGAGUUCAGUGGAAGUGGAGGGAAAUGAGGUUAAAUGGGCAUUUCAUAUUUUAUUACCUUGAACUUUUUAUUAAAAAUUCAGCUUUGUCCAAGACUCAGCACUACUGUGAGCACGUACCUGGUCACCAGCUAAGUGGUGGGAGAGUCAUGCAUGGCAGUGAUGGACUUACUUCUUGUUCAAGCCAUUUUCACGCAGGAGAAAACUGCUUCCAGAUGGCAUGCUGUAGCAUUUUCCAAGACCUUCUGGUGACAGUCGUAUCCCAUUAAACAUGGUGGAAGCCAAGUGAGAAAAUAUGUUCUAAAAGAAUUUGAUCACCUGUGUCAUCAAUAUAUUUUUAGGUACAAAGGACAACUCAUUCUGUUUUUGUCCAUACCAAUGUCAUUUGUUGUAGUAGAGGCUUUAAUGACUGAUUUCAGACAUUUUAAUGCAAGUCCCUGCUUUAUAGAACAACUAUUUAAUAAACUACUUAUAAUUAUUGACUUAACGGUGCCAACCAUGAACUGUUUACACCCAGACUGUUAAGGGAAAGGACAAUAAACUUCAUGUUGCAUAAGCCACUAUUAUUUUUUUUAUUACAGUAGCAGAAACAGUAUUCUAAUUUAUACAUACUCAUUAUCAUAUUUAAUCCUUGUAAAAACUGCAUGAGGUACUAUUAUUAUCCUUAUUCAAAAAAUCAUUUAAUGAAAUGGAAAAACUAAUCUCCAACUUUAUAUGGAAAGGAAUGAGGCCCUAAAUAACUAAAGAAUUACUUUUUUUUUUGUUGUGUUUUGGGCGAGAGUUUACAGGGCAAAUUAGUUUCUCAUUAGACAGUUAAUACACAAAUUGUUUUGUGACAUUGCUGCCAACCCCGUGAUGUGUCAAUACUCUCCCCUUCUCCACCCCAGGUUCCCUGUUGCCAUUCCUCCAGUUUUUCUAUCCUUUUUUGCCUUCUUGCCUUUGUUUUUAGGCUGGUGCACCCAUUAGCCUUAUAUAUAUGAUUGAACUAUGAAGCAUGUCCCUCACCUGUGUUAUUUUUGGCCCUGUAGACCUAUCUAAUUUUUGGCUGAGGGGUGAACCCCGGGAGUGACUUCAGCCCUGAGUUAAAGGGGUGUCCGGGGGCCAUACUCUUGGAGUUUCUCUGGUCUCUGUCACACCAGCAAGCCUGGUCUUUGUGUAUGUGUGUAAAUUUGGAUUUUGUUCUACAUUUUUCUCCCACUGUGUCUAGGACCCUCUGUUGUGAUCCCAGCCAGAACAGUUGGUGGUGGUAACCGGGCACCAUCUAGUUGUUUAAAGCAUUAUUGAAGGAGAAGAACAAAGUAGGUGGCCUCACACUUCCCAAUCUCAGAACUUUCUAUACUGCCACGGUAAUCAAAAACAGCCUGGUUAAUCCAAAAAACACUAAUAAAUGUUGGAGAGGCUGCAGAGAGAUUGGAACUCUUAUACACUGCUGGUGGGAAUGUAAAAUGGUACAACCACUUUGGAAAUCUAUCUGGCAUUUUCUUAAAAAGUUAGAAAUAGAACUACCAUACAACCCAGAAAUCCCACUCCUCGGAACAUACCCUAGAGAAAUAACAGCCUUUACACGAACAGAUAUAUGCACACCCAUGUUUAUUGCAGCUCUGUUUACAAUAGCAAAAAGCUGGAAGCAACCAAGGUGUCCAUCAACGGAUGAAUGGUUAAAUAAAUUGUAGUAUAUUCACACAAUGAAAUACUACGCAUCGAUAAAGAACAGUGACGAAUCUGUGAAACAUUUCAUGACAUGGAGGAACCUGGAAGGCAUUAAGCUGAGUGAAACUAGUCAAAGGCAAAAGGACAAAUAUUGUAUAAGACCACUACUUUAAGAUCUUGAGAAAUAGUAUAAACUGAGAAGAACACAUA